UGCUCCAAGGAAGUGUGGUCAUUUGCAAUGUAGCGUACACAUAACUCUGUACUUUGGAGAUACAACGAUCGCGCUUUUAUUCUUGGAGGAAUAAACUGAGCUCGCUGUACAAACACACCGGUCAGUGUUGCGUUUGAGCGCGAUGCCGCCGGCUUUGUGUUUUUGACAUGCUCCCUUGUUAUGCUAGUUGUAGCUAAGUGUCAAGCUAACUGGGACCACAACCUUGUCCUGUCCACUGUCACCACGACCAUGGGAGUGUUUCACGUUGUUUACUGGUGGUGACGCUUCCCAAUAACCUCGUCGUCGUUUUAACUUUGUCCUCGCUAACGGUUGUUGUUUAAUGUGUUGACAACCCACGACACGCGGAUCAUGUGAGGCUGUCUCUGUGUGUCCUAUGUUGCUGAGUGACUGUGGACUGUUGACGGGACACGAGCACUUUGUAAAAGUGCCAUUAGCCAGACUGAGAAUGGACUUAGCAGACCUGGGUCCAUAAGUAGACGAAGAGCUACAGCUGUCGUUUGAGUCGACAUUGAGCACCUGAGGGCAGUUUCUCAUCAUCAUAGUGUCCUGUCCUCAUCCUGAGCUGUCAGGAUGUUGGAGGGCCUCGUUGCCUGGGUGCUAAACACGUACCUGGGCAAAUAUGUCAGCAACCUGAACACAGAUCAGCUCUCCAUCGCCCUUCUGAAAGGUGCAGUGGAGCUGGAGAACCUCCCUCUGAGGAAAGAUGCCCUCAGGGAAUUUGAUCUUCCAUUUGAAGUCAAAGCAGGCUUCAUUGGCAAGAUUACUCUCCAGAUCCCCUUCUACCGUCCUCACAGUGACCCAUGGGUCAUCUCCAUGUCCCAGCUCAGCCUCAUCAUUGGUCCCGCCCAGCUGCAGGAGUACGAUGCAGAGAAGGAGAGAGAGGAGGAGAGUGCACGCAAAAAAUAUCUCCUCAAGGCUCUCGAAGAUAAAUUCAAAAGUGAGUGUGAACAAAGAGGCGAGUCUUACUGGUACUCUGCCACUGCCUCGGUGGUCACCAGGAUUGUGGAAAACAUCGAGCUGAAGAUCCAAGAUGUGCAUCUUAGAUUUGAAGACGACUUCUCCAACCCAGAGAAACCCUUUUCCUUUGGGGUUUGCAUCAAGAAUGUUUCCGCUCAGAACCCCUCCAAGGAGUCGACCCAGAAGCUCCUCCGACAGAAGCAGCUGGAGAUCGAAGACUUCUGUGUAUACUGGGACACAGAGAGUGCAAUGCUGGGAAAACUGCCUGCAAACCAGAUCCAGGAUGCGAUGACCCAGUGUAUGCAGAGUCGGGAGCAUCAAUACAUCUUUGAGCCCGUUCGCUCUUCGGUGCUGCUUAGAAGAAACACCACGAAGGAGCCGCUGAGGUCCCGACACACUCCUCGAGUCGAAGGCCAGAUUCAGCUGGAGCCCAUGUCGCUGCGCCUGUCGCAGGUGCAGUACCAGCAGAUCAUGGCCUUCCUUAAAGAGCUAGACCGCAGAGAGAGAGAGCUGCGUUACCGGCAGUGGAGACCCAAAGUCCCCAUUUCAGGGAACUGUCGACAGUGGUGGACGUUUGCCAUCCAGGCAAACUUGAGUGAGAUCAAGGAGCAGCGGAGGCGGGGCAGCUGGGACUUCGUGCUGCAGCGGGCACGAGACGCUCAGACCUACACCAGCCUCUACUUCAGACGACUCAAAGCAGUCCCACUGAGUCUUCAGGAGGAGAGUGAGCUGGAGCGAGUGGAGGAGGAGCAGACGAUCGAGGAGCUGCAAAGUCUCAGAGAAAUUGUCCAUGACUGGUUUCGAAAGCAAGAAGAUAUUGCAGAGAGUGUGCGAGAGCCAAGCAGUGACCCCCAGCCCUGUUCACCCAGCACAUCUAUCCCUAAGAGUGGGAGCUCGGGGAUGAUUCAGUACCUGCAGUCCUGGUUCCCAGGCUGGGGAGGCUGGUAUGGAGAUUCCCAGGACCCAGACAGACCUGAAGAGCUCCUACCAAGUCCGUCUUCCUGGGACAUUUUAGCAGAGACUGAAGACUUGUUCGAUCCACUGGAGGACUCUCACACACUGAACACAUUCACCAGGCGUGACCACCUGUUUGCACGGCUAGAGUUCUUAUUGGAGAAGGGCAGUGUCACGCUGUUCCACCAGGACAGGAGGAAGGACAUGCUACACGAAUCUGGAGUCAUCCAGUUGGAAUUCUCAGGUGUGAAGGUGAUGGUAGAGUCUCUCCCUCGCUCCGAGUCAUCCCUGCUCUCUGUUAAACUGGGUGGUUUGUUUCUGAGAGAUUUGACGACGCAGGACACAAUCUUCCCUGUUCUUGUGUCUCCCAAACCGGACAAAGUUGUUGUUAACAUGAAUCAGCCGUCUGGGCAGUCUAGCAAUACCUCUGAGUGCUUGUCGUCGCCAGUGUUUGAGAUGAUUUAUGAACAAAACCCUGCAAGGUGCAAGUUUGAGAGAAGACUGGAAGUAAGCACAAGUCCUUUGAACAUCAUCUACAACCCACAAGCCAUCAAGAAAGUGACUGAGUUUUUCUAUAAAGGAAAAGUACACACCUCGGGUUUUGGCUAUCAGUCAGAGCUUGAGCUCAGAGUGGCAGAGGCUGCACGGAGGCAGUACAACAAGCUGAAGAUGCAGACAAAAGUGGAGAUCCGACAGACCAUUGACCAGCUACUUGUGGGAGAGUUUAUUGAAAACAGCAAGCGUUGGACGGUGAAAAUGGACAUCUGUGCACCCCAGGUGAUUUUCCCUGAUGACUUCUUGUCAGGGGAUCCAAUGUUAGUCGUCGUGGAUUUAGGCAGGAUUCUCCUCACAAACUCUCUAGAUGAUCACAAGGCCAGCUCUAAAGCUACUCAGCUUGAACAGGAAGACAUGAGUGAUGAUGAGUACCAGACGCCUCUUGCCACACCACCCGAGUCUCCUCCACCUGAACUUGAUAUACCUCUGACGGCACUUAAAAGUCCUGAACUCCCCAGCCUCAGAUCUCCUGAAAGUGUGCAGGCUUACAGCAGAAAGCUUUAUGAAAAAUUCAGUUUGUCAUUUAAGGACCUCCAGAUAAUGGUUGGCCGCUACAAGGACAGCUGGAAACACCUUCAAGAGAGUGAGGUAGGCCCCACUCAUGUGGUUGAGAAGUUCAAUGUCCUGCUGCAGCUUGAGCAGAGACUGCGAUAUACAUCAGACCCCCAGCUCCCUGGGGCUGUGCUGUCAGGAACGCUACCAGACCUCAAAGUUCAUAUCAACCUUGAGAAGAUGACUGCCCUCAGGAGUUGUUUGGCCAGGCUAAGCAGCCCAGCUGUGAGUGAAGAGAUCAAAGGUCAAGAGGGGGGCCCAAAUUUAAGGUCUCCUGAGUCUCUCUCUACCCUCCGUCAUGACAAGAUCUUUCAGCGGGAGGACAGUUCCUGGAAGCUGCAGGGUUCAGCAAAGAACCUGACCCAGAGUGUGACGACGUUAGAGCAGCACACACGGGAGGUCCUGGUAGAAUCCCGUCUCCUGUUAGCUGAAUUCAACAUUAACUACAUGCAGCUUGGCGUAGAGAGUGAUGGCCGUUACAUAUCUGUUCUGAAGGUAUUUGGCACGAAUGCCCAUUUUGUUAAGCGGCCUUAUGAUGCUGAAGUCUCCCUGACCGUCCAUGGGCUUCUGCUUGUGGACACGUUGCAAACUUAUGGUUCAGACUUUGACCUCCUUGUAGCGUCUCAUAAGCAUCUCAGUUUUGACAUACCCACGGGCAGCCUCCGAGAAAGCCAGCCUUCAACCCCUGUAUCAUCCCCUGAUGGCAGGUCCCCUGAACAUCAGGGCCACCAUGCUGAGUCAUCUACCAUGCCCUCAGACGGAACCUCCCCUUUCAGUUCCCUUUUCAAGGACCAGGAGGCCCUAAUUAAACUGGAGUACCAGUUUGUGAGCUCAGACUGUCCCUCAAUGAAUCUGGACAGCUCCCUCCAGGUGACAAGCAUUCAGGUCAAUAAUCUGGACAUAAUUCUCAACCCAGAGACUAUGGUGGAGCUGCUCAAGUUUCUCCAGAAGUCUUUUCCCAAAGAGGAAAGCUCCUGGACAUCAUCAACCCUGCAAAAUUCAAUGCAGUCCUACAAUGCAGAAGAGGAGGUGACCUUCCAGGCCACAUAUGACCAGAACAAAGAGUUGACUGUAGAGAUCCACCGUCUUAAUCUGCUCCUUCUUCGGACUGUUUCCACUGGCAGUGUCCUUGCUGAGAAGAAAGGGCUUAAGAUUGCCACUGCAAGCAUCGCUGGCACCAAGGUCAAUGUGUCUAUGGGCAGUCGGUUGGACAUUAAUGGUUCACUUGGGUCCCUGCAGUUGGUGGACUUGUCUCAGGAAGGUGGCCGAAGCCAGUUUGUGGUCAGCAUUGGCAAUGUUGAGGACAGUUCCUCGAGUCUUGGUGGACUAACGUUUCCUGGUGAUACAGGAGAUUCUCCUUCAGGAGCUUUAUAUUUUCACUUCAUGGAGAAAACACAAGGCGAGUGUUCCUUACAGCUUCAAAUGGCAUCCCUGCACUAUAACCACAGUGCAAAAUUCUUGAAGGAGCUCAGCCUUUCUGCUAAUGAAGUCGAAGACAAUUUCCGCUCAAUGUUGAAAAGUGCUGCCACCAAAGUGUCAACAGUUCUAGCAACUAAGACAGCUGAGUACAGUGGUAUGGUUUCACUUUUUGAGACUCCCUCACGGAGAAGUCGAACUCUGAGCCAAAGCUGGGCUUAUCCAUUUGAGGAUGAGGAAGAGUUUCCCAAGGAGGAACCUGAAUCCACCUUGGACAACUUCCUGGUGAAGCUCAACCUCAAUAUCAGCAUUGACUCACCAGUUGUGUCCAUUCCUCGUAAGCCUGGACACCCUGAGCUGUUAGUUGGUCAUCUGGGACGCAUAACAAUCCAGAAUUUUAUUACUGGCCAAGACUCUGAUGGUGAGAAGUUACAGGUUUUUGUCAAUGAUAUUCGCCUGUAUUCACUCAAUAUGAGUCAUUUGGUUUUGAAACGGCCAAACAGAGGGGAUAAUGCUGGCAACAUGUCACCAUCCCACAAUAGAAGCAUCAGUCAGGAUGAACCGCAGUUUACACGUCAUGACUUCUUUGAAUCUCUCAGCCGGGGAAAAGCCUUCCAUAUAUUGAAAGACACCUCUAUACAGUUCACCAUGGAGAAAGUUCCUGUUGAUGAGGACACCUACUUUACCUUCCCCACCACAGAGGAACCAUGCAGGAGCACAGGAUUGCUAAUAAUUGAGGGCAAAUUUGUCAAUCCUGUCCAGGUGUUCCUGUGCAAGUCUGUGUAUGAACAAGUUCUUCAGACCCUGGACAAUUUGUCUCUGAUUGAGGAGCAACGUGUCACACCCAGCCAACCACCCACACCCCCGCCCCCAACUCCUUCCUCCACCAGACCUCACCGUUUUCCUGACCCACAGGGAGGGCUGUUUGCAAGGGACCCUCCCCAUGUCAGUUUCUCUCACCCGUCACUUUCCUCUCCUUUGCCUCUACAGUCAUGCAAACCUGGUCUUCACUUGCCCACGUUCACUCAGCUAAAAGUAACCAUACAUGUCUCAGAAUUGCAGGUUCAGCUCAGUGCUGAUCUGUCCCAGGGUACGCAGGACUUAGUCAGCCUGCGCUUCCAAGAUCUGGAAGGAGACUUUACCAAAGAUCACCCUCACUUACUGUCUGUCCAGUUGGCUCUGCGCUCGCUGCUAAUGGAAGACCUCCUGGAACAGAACCCGGAGUCAAAGUACAAACAUUUGAUGGUGUCUCGUGGUGCACCAAAGGCCUCAACCUUCAGUCCAAAGGAAUACCUUUCCCAAAGUUGUCCAUCAUCGUCUAAUGCCCUUUUCCCAGACAUGCCUCGUUCACUGCCUGCCCACAUGGAAGAGGCCCAGAAUGUCUUUCAGCUUUACCAGAGGCAUCCCUGCACACCGUCGGCCACCAGUCACAAAUCCAAAAUGGACCCAGACUGUCCAAGCACUCCACCCCCGUCCCCUACCCGCCACACCCCCCACUCUCAGCCACCCCCUAAUUUUGAUGACUCAUUAGUUCAUAUCAAUGUGCUGCUGGUGGACCAGAACCAUCCCGAGUUCAAAACACGCUAUGGCAGUGUGGGACGCAGUGUGGAUGUUGACUUCAACUGCCUGGAUGUUUUGAUCACACUGCAGACCUGGGUGGUGAUCCUGGACUUCUUUGGUAUUGGCUCCACAGCCAAUAACCAUGCAGUGAAGGUCUACCCCAUGUUUCCUCAUCCUCUGUAUGAGCCUGACAUCAGUGAAGAUGAGACAACAGAGGUCAUCAAUACUAAAGUGGACCUAAAGGUUCAUUCUUUGUCUCUUGUAUUGAACAAGAAACUCAAUGAGCUUGCCAGAGCGAGUGUGUCCAAGUUAUCUGCUCAUCUGGACUUGUUGGAUGGUGACCUGGCAUUACAAGGAAGUUUAGGAAGUUUGUCUCUGAGUGACUUGACCCCACAUGGUGAUCUCUAUCAAGAACGCUUCACCACGCAAGGAGGAGAGGCCCUCAACUUCAACAUUCACAAGUAUGGCCAACCCGAUCCCUACCUGGAGCGAGAAUGUGAUAUCAAGGUGUCUUUGCAGAUGGCCUCAGUGCAGUAUGUCCACACCCAGCGCUUCCAGGCUGAAGUGGUGGCUUUCAUUCAACAUUUCACACAGCUACAGGAUGUCCUGGGCAGGCAGAGAGCUGCAAUGGAGGGCCAGGCUGUCCGUGAUCAUCCUCAGCGGGCAUCCAGGGUUUUGCUGGAUAUUGAGGCCGGCGCCCCAGUUCUUGUCAUCCCAGAGAGCUCGCGGUCAACAAGGGUCAUCGUAGCCAACCUUGGCCAGCUGAGGGUGCAGAACUGCUUCCUGCCUGCAGGAGCUCAUGGAACCUUUUCUCUCAAAGACAAGGUAGAGAAACUCACCAUGGCACAUGCCUUUUUCCCUUCACUGGAGCGUGUGCGGAGUGCAGCAGCUAACAGUAGUCAACAGGAGAAAAGUAGAAGCUUCUCCUCCUCUACAGGUUUCUCACUUGGCAAACCCCAGGCCCCAGCCAAUAGGAGGGUCCCUGAAGAGAAUGGCCAAGAGAACAUAGAGGACCACGUGUGCCUUUUGGACUGCAUUUCACUCGACUUACAGGAGAUGGAUGUCUUCGCGGCCGAGCGUCUGCCCUCUCAGCCUCAAGACUGUGCCAGUAAACCUCCUGACAUCUCUGACCUCAUCUUCCCUUCGUACUCUGUCCGUCGCACCGGGGAGAACCUGCUGAAGGAACGCUGCCGCCUCAAGCUGAAAUUGGAACGGAACCUGGACAAGGAGAUGUGCCACGCAGUACCGGACAUGUCCAUACACGGCAGCCUGUCGUCAGUCCACUGCUGUCUGGACCUGGAGCACUACCAGCUGAUCAGAGGGCUGCUGGAGAACAACUUGGGCGAACCAGUGGAAGAAUUCCUCCGACCAUACAAUCUGCUGGACCCCAGCAUCUAUACUGUGCUGAGUGGUGAUGUCUACACUACCCUGUCCUUCCUUGUGGACAUGAUGGACGUCAGCCUGGAGCUCUUUGACAGGCCCAAACCAACGGAACACAAAUGCUCAUUGGCGAGGUUUGACUUCAUGAAAUCCAAGUUACUCUUUGAGAGUUUCUCCAAUGGAUCCAAGUCUGUCAACUUGGUGUCUCACUCCCUGCUGGCAUAUGAUACUCGCUACACCGGACUGAAUAAAAGAACGGCUCGAGCCGAUGGGGCAAAGCACAACGUCUAUGACUGCAUCCUCCAGCCUUCAAAAACAGGCACUAACCGGGCGACACUGCAGCUGGAACUCCAUUACAGGUCCACACGCGACGCUUCCUGCUUCACGGUGGUCCUCAACAACCUGAGGGUCUUUCUCAUCUUCGACUGGCUCCAGCUGGUGCGAGACUUCCUGCGGAUGCCAGCCGAGAAAGUGACGGUCGACGCCGAAGGUCGUCAGCGUUGGCCCAGUAACACCAGCACUGACUUAGGCACCUCUGCCAUCUGCACCACUGGGGCCGUCAUGCCAAAGACUGUCAAGAGUGGCGUCGUCACAAAGAGGUCCACAGUGCAGGUCACCCAGGAACACUGUCUGGAGGUCAAGAUCAACGUCACAGGCACAGAGUUCGUGGUUGUGGAAGACUCAUCCUGUCCAGACACACAUGCCAUCAUUCUGAAAGGCACCACUGUCCUCACCUACAAGCCUCGUCUGUUGGACAGACCCUUCUCUGGCAGCCUCGCAGGAAUAGAGGUGUUCUCUUGUCGGCUUGGCAGUGAACAGGAGACGGCACUGUCCAUCAUUGACCCUGUCAACAUUCAGGUGGAGUUGUGUGGGAGUCCCACAUACCAGAGUAGCUCAGGUCUACUGGAUGCUUUCAAUGUGGAGGACAUCCCGCCACUGCUGGAGAUUCAGUUUCCUGCUCUCGACAUCCGCCUGUCCUACAACGACAUUCAGCUCUUCUUGGCCAUCGCCAAAUCCAUCCCUACUGCCAGCACAACACUACCACCCAAUUCUGACGAGACGUCAAAGACGGCCCUCAGCAGUGACUCUGCUGCCACGGCCAAAGACAGCUUCAAGCAAAAGACUGAGGCUCUCAUAGAGGGCCAACUCACACGCUUACAAGACCUGGGCUUCAGGAAAGAGGACUGCAAAAGAGCUUUGAUCCUCUGUAAAGGCCAGCUGGAUCAGGCAGCCACUUGGCUCCUGGAGAACGCUGAGAGCAUGGCGGGUCGUCCCAGAGCCAGGUCGGACUCUGGCUCCAGCAGCCACUCUGCUCCUCUGUCUGGGGUGGAGGUGAAGGCUGAGAGUGUCUGUAUCUGUUUCAUCGAUGACUGUCUGGACUGUGACAUACCAUUGGCUGAGUUCACCUUUUCUAGGCUUUAUGUGCUGCAGCGCAUCGGCUCCACACAGGAGGGCAAAGCCAGCUUCAUUCUAUCUGGAGACUACUACAACAGGGAGUUGUCCGGCUGGGAGCCCUUCAUCGAGCCUUGGCCCUGCUCCCUGGCGUGGCAGCAGCAGGCCGCCGGUCGCCUCCACCCUCCACGACUCAAGAUGGCGAUUCGAGCCAAGCAGAGACUGGAUAUCAAUAUCACCUCUGUUCUGUUGGAACAAUACAACACCACCAAGAGCUCCUGGAUCGCUGACUACUGUCGUGAAGAGGAACAGAGCCCUCAGUCUUCACCCAUGAUGCCCUGGAUGGGAUCCUCAGUCGACCCACCCAGCCUCGGACAGAGUGCUCCUCUUGCUCACCUUAGAACUAGGAGCACAGCCAGCUUGACCUGCCUCGAGCAGCACGGUCACUCCAGAGAUGUGAAGCUGUCCAAGCGGAGGCAGCCGUUCGUCCCGUAUGCUCUGCGCAACCACACAGGAUGUACCAUGUGGUUUGCUACUCUGACUACAACCCCCACAAGAGUGGCGUUGUCACACAGCAGUAGUGCAGACUCCAUCUCAGAGGUCCACGGUCCAGGAACUGAUGACACUCACAAUGUGAGUCAGUGGAGGGAGGUGCAGCCUGGAGAGGAGAUUCCCUUUGAGUUUGAAGCCAGAGAGAAACUUCGCCACCGACACACCCACGAGCUGAAGCUUCACCAGCUGCUGGUUCGAGUGUGUGGAUGGGAACAAGUCAAGCCAGUAUCUGUGGACAAAGUGGGCGUUUUUUUCCGCUAUGCAGCUCCAGAUAGAAACAACUCUUCCAACACUGUUGGCAGUCCUCUUAGCAGAACCAACAUCAUCCACCCACAUGUUUAUUUUUCAGCUCUGCCUCCAGUCAGAGUCGUGUUCUCCAUCACAAUGGAGGGCAGUGCCCGGAAGGUCAUCACUGUACGCUCUGCCCUCAUGGUGAAGAAUCGCCUGGAUGUUCCAAUGGAGGUCCGACUGGACAGUCCCUCUGCUCCCGACAAACCAGUGGUGUUGCCGCCCAUCCUGCCUGCUCAGGCCUUGGCAGUCCCCCUCCACCUGACAUCCUGGCGGCUGCAGGCACGGCCCAAAGGUCUGGGCCUCUUCUUCUGCAAGGUUCCCAUCCACUGGACCAGUGUGGAGCGGCACGGAGAAAUCAGCAGCAGUAAGAGGGAGUGUCAAUCGGCAGACUUCAGUGACAACCUCAAGCAUAACUUCAGGUUUUGUGUGGUCAUCAAAAAGGAGAACUACCCUGAGCAGCAGCCUGCCAAGACGGUCUCUGGCAGUACAAAGCAGAUCUAUCGACAACCAGGACACACCAUCUACCUGCUGCCCACCAUGAUGCUGGCCAACCUGCUGCCGUGUGACCUCAACUUCUACAUUAAGGGGACACCCAUUAAAGGAUCGCUGAAGCCAGGAAAAGAGGCUGUACUUCAUGCAGCUGACACCUCACAGAACAUGGAGCUAGGAGUCCUGCUGGAGAACUUCCCUGUGUGCAAAGAGCUGCUGAUUCCUCCCGGGACUCAGAACUAUGUUGUUCGCAUGCGGCUGUAUGACACCAACAGACGCCUGAUGUGCCUCACCAUUCGCAUCAUUCUGCGAGCACAGGGGGCGCUGAAGAUCCUUAUCUCUGCCCCCUAUUGGCUCAUCAACAAGACUGGUCUGCCAUUAAUAUUCCGGCAGGACAACGGCAAAGCUGACGCUGCAGGUCAGUUUGAGGAGCAUGAAUUGGCCCGAAGCCUCAGCCCAUUACUCUUCUGCUACACAGACAAGGAGCAGCCUGCUAUGUGUACCAUGAGGAUCGGGAAAGGAAUCCAUACAGAAGGAGUUCCCGGCUGGUGUCAGGGCUUCUCCCUGGAUGGAGGGAGUGGAGUCAGGGCAGUGAAGGUCAUACAGCAUGGUAACAGGCCUGGACUCAUCUACAACAUAGGAAUCAGUGUGCGUAAAGGGAAAGGACGCUACAGGGACACUCACAUAGUGACCUUUGCCCCACGCUACCUGCUGGACAACCGCUCUACGCACAAACUGGCCUUUGCUCAGAAAGAGUUUGCGAAAGGAAAGGGUACGGUCAACCCCGAGGGUUACAUAUCCACCCUGCCAGGAUCCAGCGUUGUCUUCCAUUGGCCGCGCAAUGACUACGACCAGCUUUUGUGUGUGCGCCGCAUGGAUACCCCCAACUGUACAUGGUCCGGAGGCUUUGAGGUCAACAAACCAAAGUCCUUCCAUGUCAACAUGAGGGACACACUUGGGAAGUGUUUCUUCCUGCGGGCAGAGAUCACCCUGAAGGGAGCCACCUAUCAGGUCUCCUUUACUGACACUGACCAGCUGCCUCCACCCUUUCGCAUCGACAAUGUCUCUGAGGUGCCGAUCCAGUUCUGGCAGCACGGUGUGGCUGAUAUGCGACUGCGCACUGAAGUGAAGGCCGGCUCAGAGCUGGACUACGCCUGUGAUGAGCCCACACUGCCUCCCUACCUCACUCUGACUGUGAAGGGAGCCGGAUCCUCAGAUGUCACAGCCGACAUGAACUACUUCAGAGAAUACAACAAACUCUACUAUGAGAACUUCAUCUACAUCGCCGCCACACACACUUUCACACAGAAUACUGAGAAAAGACCUGUUGGGAAUAAGCGCCCGGUGAGCCGUGCUGAACUCGUACUUGAUGUGGACACAAAUACACUGAGGGUCAUCCUGAAAAAGAAGGAGCCAGGGAAGCGCUCCCAGUUGUGGAGGAUGACUGGGUCUGGUAUGCUGUGCCACGAAGGCUCAUCUCCACCGCAGAGCAAACCCGCCCAGCCUCGACCACUGGACUCCUCUUUGGUGCUCGACAUCGCCGGACUCGCAGCUGUCAGUGACAACAGUUUUGAGCCUUUAAUGCUGAGGAGGCCUGACUCCCGCCGCAGCACCACCCAGACUUGGUACUUCUGCUCCAGCAUGUUGACCUGUGGCCUCCCACGGCUGGUCGUACAGGUAAAGGGUGGUGUUGCAGGCCUAUAUGAUGGAGCACAGGUGGUGCUGGGACCAGAUUCUGGGCUCAUGGAUCCUGGUCCCGAGCAGCAGUUCAUCAACCAGAAGAUGAGACCUGGUUCUGGGGUGCUGUCAGUUCAGGUGCUGCCAGACGGACCCACCCGUGUCCUGCAGAUCAGUGACUGCACCCAGAGGAGAGUGAUCCGCAGCUCGUCCAGCACAGAACAGGACCGGAGCAAAGAGGAUGUGGAGAAAAAAGAGCCUGAGCAGGAACUGGAGGUGUUGGUGAACUUGGAAGAAGGUCUGGGUGUAUCUCUGGUCAGCAAGGUUCCCGAGGAGCUGGUUUUCACCACACUGUCUGGUAUCGACGUCCACUUCACACGCACUGCUGCCAAUGAGGUGCUGGAGCUCAGCAUUCAAAACAUCCAGGUGGACAACCAGCUGCUUGGUACCACCCAGCCCGUCAUGUUGUGUGUCACUCCCAGCUCUGGCGAAAACAGUGUCAAUGACAUUGGCCCAGCACUGCAGAUUAACUCUGUCAAGGUUCCCAGCAACCUCAUGCUCACUGAUCUCUUCAAGCACCUGAUGGUGACCGCCCGGCGCUUCACCGUAAUCAUUGAGGAAAAACUGCUGCUCAAACUGCUCAGCUUCUUUGGAUGUGGACAGACACAAGCGGAGCUGGAGAAGUUAGACGACAUCCAUGAGAAGCCCAGUGAAGAUGCAGGAACUCCCAAACGUUACUACUUUGAGAACCUGAAGAUCAGUCUGCCUCAGGUCAAACUGAGCGUCUUCACCUCUCACAAACUGCCUCCCGAUCUCAAGGCUCUGAAAGGCACCCUGGGUUUCCCACUGGUUCGCUUUGAAGACGCCAUCAUCAACAUGUACCCGUUCACCAGAGUGCAUCCCUACGAGACCCAGGAGAUCAUCAUCAACGACAUCCUCAAGCACUUCAGAGAGGAGCUGAUGAGCCAGGCAGCUCAGAUCCUGGGUUCUGUGGACUUCUUGGGAAAUCCCAUGGGUCUCCUCAAUGAUGUGACCGAAGGCGUCUCCGAGCUCAUCAAGUACGGCAACGUGGGCGGUCUCAUACGCAAUGUGACGCAUGGCGUGUCCAACUCAGCUGCCAAGUUUGCAGGGACUUUAUCAGACGGGCUGGGGAAGACCAUGGACAACCGGCACCAGAGUGAGCGAGAGUACAUCCGAUACCACGGAGCCACCAGUGGAGAGCACCUUGUAGCAGGAAUCCAUGGACUAGCUCAUGGUAUCAUCGGUGGAAUGACGAGCAUCAUCACGUCUACAGUGGAGGGGGUGAAGACGGAGGGCGGAGUCAGUGGCUUCUUCUCAGGCUUAGGUAAAGGUCUGGUUGGAACUGUCACCAAACCAGUGGCCGGAGCGCUGGACUUUGCAUCAGAGACGGCUCAGACGGUGCGAGACAUGGCGAGUCUCAGUAACCACAGGCUGAGCGUGCAGCGUGUCAGGAAGCCCCGCUGCUGUAAAGGACCUCAGGGUCUGCUGCCUCGAUACUCUGCCAUACAAGCUGAGGGUCAGGAGCAGCUCUUCCGCCUCACUGACAACAUCCACUCAGAGUUCUUCAUCGCCGUGGAGCUCAUCGACAGCUACUGUGUCCUCAUCUCCUCCAAAGUGGUCUACUUCCUGAAGCCAGGGGACUAUGUGGACAGAGAGGCCAUCUUCUUGGAGGUCAAAUACGACGACCUGUACCACUGUCUCGUCUCUAAGGAUCAUGGGAAGGUGUAUGUGCAGCUCACCAAGAAGGCUGAGAGCACGGGCAGUGGUGUGGCCAUUCCUGGCCCUUCCCACCAGAAACCCAUGGUCCACGUGAAGAGCGAGAGUCUCGCGAUCAAAAUAUCUCAAGAAGUCAACUAUGCCAAGAGUCUGUACUACGAGCAGCAGCUCAUGCUGCCUGCCACCGACAACGAGGACUAUCUGCUGCUCGAGUCCUGAUUGUCCGAUUACUGACUUUUUCUGAAAAUGUCGGGGAGGUAACAAUUUUUAUUUAUUUUGUAGAGAAAAUAAAUGUUUUUAAAAGUGUUUGACAUUAUGCAAUUAAGAGACUAGAUGCUCGUUCUAGUCACGUGUACAUGCAGAAGCACUCAUGCAAAGGCAGUGGUAGUUUGACUGUGUAUGUAUAGCAAACAGCUCUAAGGUGUUUCUCUGCUGACACACGUCCUUACAUGCGCCAUGUGUUUGUGAAUAGACAGAAAUGUAAAUAGAGUCACACGGCAACACUAUAAAGCAGUGUACAUAGUGUAUUAAUUAAGAAGUAUAUUAUGGAAUAAUGGCGGAAGCUAAAAUGUGAAAUGUAACAAAACUGCCUUUACUACUCUAUUUUGUGUAUGAGAGUAAAUGUGGGUUGGGUGGGUUGGUGGGUGGUUGGGGGCGGGGUCGCGAAUUGCACUGACACAAGCAGGGGUUGGGACCUGCAGCUCACUGCCUCACAUGAUCUGGAGCUGUCCAUCACUGUCUCUCUGCCUUUUUACAGCCACACACCUCGCGCUCUGAGAGUCUCUACUUUUAUUUAGCAAGCCCUUUUUUAAAAAUAAAAAAAAUAAUAAUAAUAAUGUUUGUAGCCAGACUUCACUCUUAACGCUUUUGGUUUGGGUUUUUGGUGUCGGAUGAGAUUUUUCAGUUUGAAAUGUGUGCUUCAAAGAGGAGGAGGAGGAGGAGGAGCCUCAGUCUGUGAUUCUGUAAAAUAACACACAUGGACACUUGCUUUAAAAUAAACCAACACCACUGCAGCAACA